GCAGUGGACCAUACAGAGUCCUGAUGCUCGGUGGCCCGGCAGUGGGCAAAAGCUCUUUGGUCUCUCAAUUUAUGACUUCAGAGUAUUUGCAUGCCUACGAUACAAGUAUUGAUGAUGAAUCUGGCGAAAAAUCUGUCUCAGUAUUGUUAAGUGGCGAGGAGUCCGAACUGAUUUUCAUCGAUCACGCUUACACAGAAAUGAAUCCUGAUGAUUGCCUAUCCAGUUAUGAUCCGCACGGUUAUUGCGUCAUUUAUUCAGCUGCUGACCGCAGCAGUUUCACUGUGGCCGAACAUGUAUUGCAGGUGCUGUGGACAAAUCAAAAUAUCGCGCAAAAGGCUGUCAUAUUAGUGGCGAAUAAAGCCGAUUUGGCGAGAAGUCGACUGGUGACAUCCGAUGAGGGCAAAGCCAUGGCCACCGCCUAUGAUUGCAAAUUCAUUGAAACCUCUGUGGGCAUAAAUCACAAUGUCGAUGAGCUGUUGGUCGGUUUGUUGUCGCAGAUACGUUUGAAAUUGGAAAAUCCGGAAAAAUCAAGGGAUCUAUUCCGUAAACGUUCGAUUCGUAAGUCUAAGCGUCGCGCCUGCUCACCACUCAGCGGCGCCUGCCUAACCGGCGGCACUAACCCCAACUCACCGCUGGGACCAAUGAAUAAUGUCAUUUCCGAUGCCAAUACACCGCCCGGCAGUGCACAAAGCAGCCCCCGCAAAUAUCGUGGCUCUCGCACAUCGACCAGCCUAAAAGUUAAAGGUCUCUUGGGACGUGUCUGGGCACGAGACUCCAAGUCGAAGAGUUGCGAAAAUCUACAUGUGCUGUAAGCAGUUAGCAGCUGUAUUUAAGCUUACAGCCAACUUACUCGCUGUUCAACGUGUGAAAGCUGCAUAUUUGUUUUGAAUGCGUGUGAAUAGAGAACUACAUACAUAUGUAUAUGAAGUGUAAGGAAAACAUUCGUGUCGAGAAAAACGUUGGACCAAACUAACCAAAGAAAAAUAUUUGCCAUAUUUAUAAGCUGUUCUCACAUAAAGAACUGCAUACUAUAAGAAUUUAAGUGAAAUGUGUGUUAAAUAUGGAAAUGGUAUGCGACUAAAAAUACGAGUAUAAAGAAUGUAAGAGAAAAUAUUUCAUUUUUAUUCUGUAAAUAGUAGUAUUGUGUUUUUUGUAUCUAAAUUAAGUAAAAAUGUCAUCUAUCAUUGUAUUACACACAUAUGUCUAUAUUUCUUCAUCAAUAGUAUUUAAAAAAAAAAUAGCAGUUGUAACGGAAAAAUAAUUACUUCCAUACACAAAAAAUAUUUACAUGUCUAUAUGUUCGCGAUCAUACACGCGCACUUUAAAUGAAAUAUUUUUAUUUUAUUUUUCAUUAUUUAUAAUUAUUUAUAAAAAUAUAUUUUCUAUUCGUAAGUUGACUGUAUAAUUGUGUAAUGAAAAAAUAUAUAUUAUUUUAUUGGAAACCCAAA